UAUAGAUAUAAUAUAUAAUAUAUAAUCCAAAAAUGGCCGAAAUCGAAAACCCAAUCAAAAAACAAACCAAACAAGAAAAGAAAGUCCGUGAAGCUAUGGCUAAAGUUGGUUUAGUUCCAGUCAACGAUAUUUUCCGUUUCACCUUAAGACAAAAAGGUGGUCUUUUAAUUGUUGUUGCUGAACCAGAAGUUUACGCUUCACCAUCAGGUGAAACCUAUGCCAUUUUUGGUGAAACCACCUUCGAUGAUAUGUCACAAGCUAGAGCCACCAAAGCUGCUAAAAACGUCGAUGAAAUCACCAAAGCUGUUGCUCCAGAAGAACCAGUUGAAGAAAUCGUUGCCGAAACUGUUUCAAAUGAUGACGAAGAAGUUGACCUCCAAGGUUUAGAUCCAAAAGAUGUCGAAAUCGUCAUGAAAGAAACCAAAGCUCCAAAAGCUAAAGUUGUUGAAGUCCUCAAGAAGACUGGUGAUAUCGUCACUGCUGUUCUCGAAUUAACUAUGUAAAUUUAAUCAUUAAUAAAGUUAAUUUAAAACAAUAAAUGAUAUAUAAAUUAUAUAUUCAAAAAAAAAAAAAAA